CUCACAUUCCAAAGGGGAUGGGGGUGGGCAGGCCAGGGGAUCCGGUUGUCAGAGGAGUUGGGCCUUGUAUUUCCUCAUGGUUUUGCCAGGUGGAGUGUGUUAUUGCAGACUAAUCUCUUGUGACCACCUGUCUCAUGACCAGGUCUUUGUGGAGACUGUUUUUGCCAAACUCUGCUGGCAGACGCUGCAUUAGUGGACCUUGGCCGGUUGUGGGGGAUGAUAGCUGUGUUCCAUGUGGAUGGAUAUGGGAGACAAAGAGUGUUCAUGUUCCCAGAUGUGUUCAUCAGGCAGAGUGACCUCCAUAGGGCAGCUUACUCAAAGGACAACAGCAGAGGUAAGGGCAACAAUGAGGAGCUGAGACUUUACCACCACCUCUUCGACAACUAUGACCCUGAAUCCCGGCCUGUGAGGGAGCCUGAGGACACUGUCACCAUCACCCUUAAGGUCACCCUGACUAACCUCAUCUCACUGAACGAGAAGGAGGAGACUCUGACUACCAACGUCUGGAUUGGAAUUGAUUGGCACGAUUACCGACUCAACUACAGCAAGGACGACUUUGGGGGCAUAGAAACCCUGCGGGUCCCUUCUGAACUCGUCUGGCUGCCAGAGAUAGUGCUGGAGAACAAUAUUGACGGCCAGUUCGGCAUAGCCUACGAGUGCAACGUGCUGGUCUCCGCCGGAGGCUACGUGACCUGGUUGCCCCCGGCCAUCUACCGGAGCACCUGCGCCAUGGAGGUCACCUACUUUCCCUUCGACUGGCAGAACUGCUCCCUUAUUUUCCGCUCUCAGACCUACAAUGCUGAAGAGGUGGAGUUCAUCUUUGCGGUAGAUGACAAUGGCGAGACCAUCAAUAAGAUCGAAAUCGACACUGAGGCCUUUACUGAGAACGGCGAGUGGGCCAUCGACUUCUGUCCUGGGGUGAUCCGCCGCUACCACAGAGGCCCCGCUGACAGCCAGGAGGAAACUGAUGUCAUGUACAUGCUCAUCAUCCGCCGCAAGCCGCUCUUCUACGUCAUUAACAUCAUCGUGCCUUGCGUGCUUAUUUCUGGCCUAGUGCUGCUCGCCUACUUCCUGCCGGCGCAGGCCGGCGGCCAGAAAUGCACCGUCUCUAUCAACGUCCUGCUCGCCCAGACCGUUUUCUUGUUCCUGAUUGCCCAGAAAAUUCCAGAGACGUCUCUGAGCGUGCCUCUGCUAGGCAGGUAUCUUAUUUUCGUCAUGGUGGUUGCUACUCUCAUUGUCAUGAAUUGCGUCAUUGUGCUCAACGUGUCUUUGCGGACGCCCACAACUCAUGCCACAUCCCCGCGGCUGCGCCACGUUUUAUUGGAGUUACUGCCGCGCCUGCUGGGUUCAGGCCAGCUCCCGGACGCGCCCCGGGCCACCUCGCCGCCAAGGCGGGCGUCGUCUGUGGGCUUACUGCUCCGCGCAGAGGAGCUGAUCCUGAAAAAGCCGCGGAGCGAGCUGGUGUUUGAGGGGCAACGGCACCGGCACGGGACCUGGACCGCUGCCCUCUGCCAGAGUCUGGGCGCUGCAGCCCCUGAGAUACGUUGCUGUGUGGAUGCUGUGAACUUUGUGGCCGAGAGCACGAGAGACCAGGAGGCCACCGGCGAGGAGGUGUCCGACUGGGUGCGCAUGGGGAAGGCUCUUGACAACAUCUGUUUCUGGGCUGCUCUGGUCCUCUUCAGCGUCGGUUCCAGCCUCAUCUUCCUGGGGGGUUACUUCAACCGAGUGCCGGACCUCCCCUACCCGCCGUGUAUCCAGCCUUGAACCUGUGUUCACUUCAGUUUCCUCACUCACCUCCAGAAGGAAAUAGAUUUUGAAAAAAAACAAGCUGCUGUCUACUGUAUAAUCCCUUCCCUCUGUUGACAGUACUCUCCUUUGUGAACUUCCAAAGAGGAACUGCACAUAUCCAUGUGCCUAGGUCUGGCCCCUGACCAGGGUCAGCAAAAGUAGAGAAUGAAUUGUUUGGGCAGGCCCUCCGUGCCAACCCAGACAGCAAGGCUUGUCUUUAGUUCAUCCUUGUGGACCUCCUGCCAGCCCCAGUGAUUCUCUACCCUUAUGGGUUUCUAAGUGGCUUUUAUACACUUAGAAACGUCAGGAAACCUGUUUGCAGGACCUGUGCUUCUCUGGGCGGGAACCAAAUAUCCUCCAUGAAGGUCAC